ACUAUGGCAACAAGGGUAACGACACAUACACUGCUAUCGUUUGAUUCAGUAACAACAAAUAGGAACUAGAACACAUUUAAGUUGACCCAUGUCAAUCAAUCCACCAGCAGAAAUUUACUAACAGUCCGUUUCAGGAUGUUGACUAUGAAAGAUUUCUUCCUGCGUCCCAUAUUGGAAUCGGCUGAGGAAGCCCAGCAGUGGGAUAAGCUCCAGAAAACUAUAAACCACAGCAAACAGUUCAAUCACGAUUUCGACCAAAUAGUCCUGCACAAAGAUCUCUUCGGUACCUUCUUUUACUACUACCUUCAGGAAAUUCGUUUCCGAAUCAUUCAAAUUUUGUCCGAAUUCACCGUGGUUGAAUGGCGUGAACCGAAACCGGAGCGGGAGCCGGAUCCAUUCGGAGGAUUCGGUGCACCGCAGGUUAAGCAGCAACCGAAGGAAGAAAAGGAGCUAGUCAUUCCCGAGUACGGUAUUCGAGUGAAAGGUUACAAGGAAAAAUUUCCGCUGGAGUGCUGUGGUGAGCAGUUUAAAACACUAGCGAUGCUUCGUACACAUUACCAUGCCGAUCACGAGAAACAUUAUCUUUUCGAGGCGAACACGUGUGAGAUGAAGGCGGCAAUACUAAAAAUGUGUGUUUUCCGACAUGAGCUAGAUGAGUUCGUUCGAAGUGGCAUCAAAUCAAGCGGGACGUUGAGCUUCUACUUACUGAAAAUAUUACGGAAAAUUAUACCUGUCAUUCGUUAUUAAAUGUUGUUUUUGAGUUUUUAGGUAAUAAAAUAUUAUAUAAAAAUGUGAAAAAAGCUA